UUUUAAAUGGCUGAACAGGGCAUAAGUAGACCUCAGUUAGCUGGAAGCGGUUAUGCUUGAAAAAAUUCUGUUUGACAACUCUACCAUGGCAUUUUCUCUGAGAGACGAACCUAGUAUCCAUAACAGAUGGGAGUCUGAGGCCCCUGCCUUAGCUUCAUGCAGUAAUGCCAAUAUUUUCCGCAGAAUGAAUAGCAUGUUGGGCAACUCUUUGGACCUCACGGGCGUGUGCAACACUCCCGGUGGCAAGGGAAGACGAGACCCUUUGUUUGACCGGCAGGACUCGGACUUCUCUGCUGCGGCGAGCAGGAUGCUUUUCCCCAACGCCACACAGGAACCCCCGCGGGGGCUGCCCGACAUCAAUGACCUGGGCCUGGGCCUGCAGUCUCUCAGCCUGUCUGGGUGGGACCGCCCAUGGAGCAACCAGGAGAGCGAGCCGGUGCCUCAAGCAAACUCCUCCUCCAUGUUGGGGAUGCUCGGAAGUCCCCUUGGCCAGCUCCGCAACAAACCCAUGGGCUUCCCCACUGAGGCCAUGACUGGUGCAGACUUCCUGGAUAAGUUUCCCGGGAUGGCCCGCAUGAACCCUCGGCUGGACUCCCGCUCCUACCUGGACUCUCGUUCCAGCAGCCCGGUGGACUCCGAGACCAGUGGGUUCAGCUCCAGCUCGGACCACCUCUCCGACUUGCUGUCAUCCCUGAGGAUAUCCCCUCCACUGAACUUUGUGAUGUCCAAUAUGCAAAAAGAUCAUCUGAAGCUGGCGCUGGGUCAGCGUCUGGACCACGACAACUCUCCACUCACCCCACCACCCAGCGCCACCCCAGCUAAUGCCCUCGCCAAGCGCUGGCCUGGGGCAUCAGUGUGGCCCAGCAUGGACCUCAUGGAUGCUGCGGAUGAGACCUUUAGUAUUGAAAGGGAGGCCAGGCUCCACAGACAAGCUGCUGCUGUGAAUGAGGCCACUUUUACUUGGAGUGGACAACUGCCACCCAGAAACUACAAGAACCCCAUGUAUUCCUGCAAAGUCUUUCUGGGAGGUGUUCCUUGGGACAUCACCGAGGCUGGACUGAACAACACAUUCAGCAGCUUUGGCCCUCUGACUGUGGAGUGGCCUGGUAAGGAUGGCAAGCAUCCGCGCUGCCCUCCUAAAGGUAAUAUGCCAAAAGGGUAUGUGUACCUGGUGUUCGAGUCCGAGAGGUCCGUGCGUAGCCUGCUGCAAGCGUGCACCCAGGAUCUCCUCCACCCUGAUGACCUUAGUGAAUAUUACUUCAAGAUGUCCAGCCGAAGGAUGCGCAGCAAGGAUGUGCAGGUAAUUCCGUGGGUGAUCUCUGACAGCAACUAUGUGCGGUGCCCUUCCCAACGCCUGGACCCCAGCAAGACUGUUUUUGUGGGUGCUCUACAUGGCAUGCUUAAUGCUGAAGCUCUAGCCAGUAUCAUGAAUGACCUGUUUGGAGGAGUCAUGUAUGCUGGGAUCGACACUGACAAGCACAAAUACCCAAUUGGAUCUGGUCGUGUCACCUUCAAUAACCAGCGUAGCUACUUGAAGGCAGUUAGUGCUGCGUUUGUGGAGAUUAAAACCCCAAAGUUCACCAAGAAGGUUCAAAUUGACCCAUAUUUGGAGGACUCCAUGUGCCAACUCUGCAAUCGUCAAACUGGGCCUUUCUUCUGCAGAGACCAGAACUGCUUCAAGUACUUCUGUCGCUCCUGUUGGCACUGGCAACACUCGAUGGACAUCCUGAGCAACCACCGCCCACUGAUGCGCAACCAAAAGAGCCGUGACUCCAGCUAAGCGUGGCAGCAGAGUGCUACUGGCUCGAGUCCACCGCGCCGCGCCCCUGGAGCAGAGCACGAGUGCUGGCGCCUCCCCACGGGAACCGCACUCCCACUGGAUUGGGUUUAUGGGGAUCCAACACUGUAGAAGGUUCACUAUUGCACUUGCUACUUUUUUUGUGGAAUUAUUAUUUUUUUUGCUUGUUCACAAUGGCACUAUGCACAGUGUUUGGAAUUUUUAAAAAAGUUUCUACUUGUGAAAGUUAGAGCUUGUCUCCUUCAACAGUGAAGUGAUUGGUUGAGGAGGCCCUCAGGUCCUAUUCAUGGGAGUUGGAGACUAUUCAGGCCAUGGUUCAGAAUAUUUUUUUUGAAUGCAUUUUCUUUUUCUUUUUUUUUUUACUUGUCAUUUAGUUGCAUUUUUUCUUUUGGUGAAUUGAUCAUUCAAAUCUCAUUGCCUUUCACUCUGGCAGAUGCCAUACAGUGCCUUUAGAUUUUUUUUCCCUCAGCUAGUUGGCUGUUUGUUUUCCCCUGUGCAGCCGACUAGCGUUUUUUACUUUGAAACGCAAAUACGUAAUUGAUGCCCAACUGUCAUUUUCCGGACAUUUUUACGCAGUUUUUUACUAAUUUUUACACAGGUUUUAAGUCAUGACAUGGAAAUUUUGAACAGAAACCUACCUGGCAGCAUUUUAAUUUUCCCCCUUUGGUUUUCUUCCACCCCAUACAAUGCAAAAUGAGCAUCUUUUUGUUUUUUUGUCCUUUUUUUUCAGCUUAUCUGCUCGUUAGGAUUAAUUCAGUGGUUUCGCAAUGUACUGCUAUUAAAUCUCACCUUAACAGUUUUGCGAUGUUUUACAAAGCCUAGCAUCGCUUCAACUGAGUUUUAGUCAUUUUCGAAUCAAUUUCAAUUUACAAGUCUGAUACUGAGAUGGCCAUUGACCUUUUGAAUGCACAUAGUUUUAUUGUUGCACUUUUUAAUUUGCACUUUGGAGAAAGGGGUGACUGGUUUUUAAACACGUUUGUUAUGUACAUCAGCAGGUAUAGUCAUGGGCCAUGACCCCAGGCAUGAACAGCUGCUUGUUGAAUGUAGAACGUAGUACUUCGCCGGAAUGUAUGAGGAGCCAGAGCAGACCAAAAUGCAGCAUUUCCCUAAACGCCCCCUCCCAUGGUCCUCUUUGGGAUGUGUAUUUGUGAUCCAACUGUGCCAAAGAUGGUGUCAUUUUUCCGAUAAUGUCACCCCCUUCCCCCAUCCCAUCCCCCUCCAUUACCCCAUGCUGAGCUUGUGGGCCAGCCCGGCUGCUUUUUAGAUUUGACAGUCUACCUCAUUGUGGUCUGCAAUGUUUGCUGCCUUUACUUACAAAUGUGAAGUAUACUGUUCUGAUUGGGCACAAUAAAGGUGUUGAAGCAUUAA